GUAUUUAUUUAUUGUUUUUUUUUAUAUUAGACGUCACACAAGAUGGCUGGACUAAGUUCACAGCAUUGUUGUUCAUCUCCAAAUAAAAAAAUUUUAAUUAAAAACAUAGUUAAUUUUAUUGACAAGAUCAAUUAUAAUUAAUUUAUUUAAAAUUAAUCAAGGUAAUAAAUCAUAAAAUGUCAAUAACAUAUUAGUGUUAAUUAAAAAAUAAAUAAUUUUAAUCAUUUUAAAUUUGAGUGAUUGAGGAUGUUAUUCUAUAAUCACGGAUAUAAUAUUUGUACGUGUGUGUUUUUGGAGUAAAAAUAAAUUAAAAAAAUAAAAAAAAAAAAUACACAUAUAGUUAAUAACAAUCGUGUGUUUGUCGAUAUGUCGUCUCCAUCAUCAACUGAACAUGUUGAUGAAGAAAAUAUAAAUAAUGAAACACAACAAUCUGAAAUAACAAAUAAAACAAUAACUGAUAAAUCAUUAAUUUGUGAUAAUGAAACGGAAAUAAAUAAUGAUAAAAAAAAAUGUGUUGAUGGUAAAAGAAAACGCGAGAAUGAUGAUGAUGAUCAAGAAGACGCCAAAAUUAAAAUCAUUAAAACAAGUGUUGAAAAAGAUACAUGUACAACAUCAUCAGCACCAUCAGAUUUAUCAACUGGAUCAGGUAACAGAGAUGUUAUUGAUGAUGAAAAAAAAAGUGAUGAUAAUACAGUUGUUGUUGCUGAUCAUUAUAAUGCACUUGAAGAAAAAGGAUUAACACAAAGAUUUCAGAGUCGUAUUUUUUAUAUGAGAAAUUUUAACAACUGGAUUAAAAGCAUGUUAAUAAGUGAUUAUUUGCACAAAGUUAGACAGGGAACAAGUCAUGGUGCAAAAUUAAGAGUACUUGAUAUGUGUUGUGGUAAAGGUGGUGAUCUUUUAAAAUGGCAAAAAGCAAAUAUAUCACAUUUAAUAUGUGCUGAUAUUGCUGAUACAUCAGUUAAACAAUGUGAAUCACGUUAUAAUGAAAAUUUAAAUCGUAAAAAAAAUGAACGUGGUGGAUUUCCAUUGUUUACUGCUGAAUUUAUAACUGCUGAUUGUACAAAGGUACGUUUGAGAGAAAAAUACAAGGAUGCAAGUGUUAAACUUGAUUUGGUCAGUUGUCAAUUUGCAUUACAUUAUAGUUUUGAAACAUUACAACAAGCUGAAUGUAUGAUGCAAAAUGCCAGUGAAUGUUUAAGACCUGGUGGUUAUUUAAUUGCAACAAUUCCAGAUGCAUAUAGUUUAGUUGAUCAAUGGAAAAAAUGUGAUGGUGAUAAAUUUGGUAAUGAUGUAUAUAACAUUGAAUUUUUAUGUGAUAAAAAUAACAUUCCUUUAUUUGGUGCUAAAUAUAAUUUUCAACUUGAAAGUGUUGUUAAUUGUCCAGAAUUUCUUGUUUAUUUACCAUUAUUAAAAAAACUUGCAUACAAAUAUGGACUUGAUUUUGUAAUGUUUGAAAAAUUUGAAAAUUUUUAUGAACGUAUGAAGGAAGAAGGACGAUCAUUACUUGGACGAAUGCAGUCACUAGAAACUUAUCCACCUUAUCAUGAAUCUCCUCUACUUGGUCAACAAAGUGGUACUGAUUAUCAACACGCAAUUCAGCAUAUGCAAAAUUCAACUGGACAUAGAAAAAUUGGCACACUAUCAUUGCCCGAGUGGGAAGCAACAACACUUUAUGCAGCUGUUGCUUUUCAAAAAAUGAAAACAUCUUGGAGUGCUGAAGGUAAACCAGAAUACACAAAAUUGACAAAAUAAAAAAAAAAAUAAAUAAUAAACAAUCAAUUUAUUAUUAUUUUUUUUUUUUAACAAACGAAUCAUGUUUUUACAUUUUAUUAUUGGAAAAAUUGAUAAAUUUAAAUAAUCAUAAAAUGUGUUCAAUUUUGAAUAAUAUAAAAUAAUUAUUGUAAUAUUUCAGUUAAUAAUAAAAUGUUUUUUAAAAAGCUUUUUAAAUAUUAUUUAUAAUAUUUUUUUUUUAACUUGAAAAUAAUAAUAAACUUGUAAUAAUUGUAAAUUUUAAUACAUUUUUUUAUUAUUUAAAAAGAUAACAGUUUUAAUUAAAUAAAGAAAAAAAGAGUUAAAAAAAAAUA